AUGUCUCUGGUGAAUUGGUUCUCUGGAGCUCUCGCGUCUCUGGGUCUGCAGCUGAAGGAAGCCAAGAUCGUGUUCUUGGGUCUGGAUAAUGCAGGGAAGACCACCCUGCUUCGCAUGCUGAUGGAUGAGACAUUGGUUCUGCACCAACCCACCCAGUUCCCAACUUCAGAGGAACUGAGUACGGGGAAGAUAAAGUUCAAAGCUUUCGACUUGGGUGGUCGUGAGAUCGCUCGCAGGAUCUGGCCAGACUACUAUGCUACGGUGGAUGCAGUGGUAUAUCUGGUGGACGCCUGCGACAAGGAGAGGUUUUCGGAAUCAAAGAGGGAGCUCGAUGCCCUCCUCUUAGAUGAAGCUCUUGCUGAUGUGCCUUUCCUUGUGCUUGGGAACAAGAUGGAUAUCCCAUACGCAGCUUCGGAGGAUGAGCUGCGGUGUCAUCUCGGGCUCACCGGCUUGACGACUGGCAAAGGGAAAGUGAAUCUUGCAGAUCAGACUGUUAGGCCUCUUGAGGUGUUCAUGUGCAGCGUCGUCCGCAGGAUGGGCUAUAGUGAAGGGUUCGAGUGGAUGUCGCAGCACAUCAAGUAG